AUGCUCUCCUCGUCGCUCGCCUUCUCACCCCACCACCUAGCCCCUUCCCCCUCUGCUGUUCGCCGGAGCACAUCUUCCACCAUCACGAUGCGGGACCGGGGCAAGAACCGGAAGCCGAUGCAGCGGGGGCGCUACCUCAGCACCGAGGCCAUCCAGGCCGUCCAGUCGCUCAAGCGCGCCACCCUCUCUGGAGCACCCGCCGGCGGCGCCGUCGCGACGGACCCCAAGCUGCGGCGGCUGCUGAAGGCCGACAUGGUCGCCGUCUUCCGCGAGCUCGCGGCGCAGGGCGAGGCCCACCUGGCACUCAAGGUCUUUGAGGAGAUUCGAAAGGAGCACUGGUACAAACCUAGGUUGUUCUGGUAUGUUGAUCUUAUUACAGUGCUUGCUAGCAAAGAAUUGAGGUCCGAGGUUGGCAAAGCCUGUUCGUAUCUGAAGAGGGAACAAUUGGAACCCGACACGGAUGGUUUCAAUCUGCUUCUGAAGACACUCUUAGAUGCUGAGUUCACACAAUUAACAAUGGACUGCUUCCGUCUUAUGAAACUAUGGGACAGUGAACCUGAUAGGAUAACAUACAUAAUACUGGUCAAGGGUCUUGAAUCCCUAGGAGAGAUGGAUCUAUCUGCUAAGAUGAGGUUGGAAGCAGAAAGUGACUAUGGAGACCUCUGGGACUUCUUUGACGAAGAGGAGGCGAUUUAG